AAUGAUGGUAUUAUUUGAAUACUCCGGUCCCACUGGUCCUAUGUGGUGAUGUGUAAAAACCAAAAUUUUGAAUAUAAUUCACUUAUACGAUAAGCCACCCAAUUGGAGCCCCCGACAGCCAGUGGAGCAGCAUGAACUACAAUCCGAACGCGGGUAUGCGGAACCGUAAGUGGGAGAACUCACAAGCUGCCGGUCGCCCGCGACCCACGAAGCGUGUCAGCGAUAUGAAUGCCAUGGGUCCCUCGGCUCCCAUGAUGGGCAGCGUCGGUUCCCCUUUCAUGGCCCCGCCCUCCAACCCUCCAAUGCUCGAUCCCAAUGCGAUGUACGGAGCACCGGCUCCAGCGCAGGCCAACAGCUACGGCUUCAACCUGAAUCCCGCCCAGCAGCCGCAGCAGAUGCAGCAGGCACCACAGCAGCAGCCACAGCAGACGGGCUUCGGAUAUGCGCCACCGCCCACACAGCAGGCGGGGCCGGCUCAACCCGGUUACGGGAUGGGCGCUCCUCAGUCAGGUGCUGGUCCCCUGCCCGCUGGCCAGUACCCACAGUUUGCCAUGUUCCAGCAACCCAUCGUGCAGGACAUGGCCAUGCAGUAUGGCCAGCGGCUGGCGGACCAAGGCAAGCAGCUGGUGGAGAACCAGUUCGAGAAGUGGGUGCCGGUGGCCAAGCUGAAGUACUACUUCGCCGUGGACAACGCCUAUGUGGGUCGUAAGCUGCGGCUGCUCUUUUUCCCCUACAUCCACAAGGACUGGUCCUUGAGGUACGACCAAGAGCAUCCGGUUCAGCCACGCUACGAUGUCAAUGCUCCGGAUCUCUAUCUGCCCACCAUGGGCUACAUCACGUACGUGAUCGUGGCCGGCCUGCUGCUGGGCAUGCAGCAGCGCUUCUCACCGGAGCAGUUGGGCAUCCAGGCGUCCAGCGCCAUGGCCUACAGCAUCUUUGAGCUGGUCAUCUACUCCAUAGCCCUGUACGUAAUGAAUGUGAAGACGAGUCUCAAGACGCUGGACCUGCUGGCCUUCACGGGCUACAAGUACGUGUGCAUUGUGUUCUGCCUGAUGGUCAGCACCCUGUUCUUCAAGUCGGGUUACUAUAUAGCGUUGGCCUACACCAGCUUCUCCUUUGGCUUCUUUCUGCUGCGCACUCUGCGGACAAAGCUGAUCCAGGACAACUCUCCGGCUGCUCCAAGCGGCGCCAUUAACUACGAUCCUUAUGGGAAUCCCCAGCAGCUGGACUACAGCGGCGGGAAGAAGCGCAAGCUGUACUUCCUGUUCAUGGUGGUGGCGGGGCAGGCACUGUUUGCCUUUCUGCUCUCCAAGCACUUGUAUUUCACGAAGGCAGAGGUGCUGGAGGUGCCCAAGACCUUCUAAUGGCGACUCAUUUCCAGCUUGUGAAAUCCUCUCCUUGGUUUGGUGAGAUUCGCGCAAGAGAAACCUAUUUUUGUUAGCAACAAACACACAUUUUAUAAAUAAAUAUGAGCUAUGAAAGCGA